AUGUUGCACGACGUGCAACGUAUCUUGGGAAUUGGCAUUGACGGUUCACUUCCCGUGCAACCGUCUGAUAAUGAAUGGCAGCUUGGCCUGGCCGGCCUUUUUGGUAUGCCAUUGUCGGAGCUGCGUGCGAAGGGGCACUUCACAAGCGGCAGCAUUAAUGUUGGUGCACUGUUGCAGCUAUGCCACCGUUCUCAGUCUAUGGAUACUCAACGUACCGCCUACUACAUGGCUAUAGUAGGUUCCACGUUGCUCGUGGAUAAGACUAGAGUCGGGAUGCGUCCUCACCCUGUUGUUACUGUUACCGCUGAUGAGGCUGAUAUUGCUUGGGGUGCAGUGACGCUUGCUCACAUGUAUCGCCAACUGGGUAUGGCGACAAGGACUGGGUGCAAGACUAUUGCUGGUUGCCUGACACUGUUGCAGACAUGGAUUUACGAGUACUUCCCAGCUUUCCGCCCCCAUCCGCGUCAAGCUGACAUGCCGAACAAGACAAGGGCAGAGAUGUGGUCCCCGCCGAAGCCAAUCCGCGAGCUGAGCAGACUGAUAGACUGUAGGAGCAUACUGGAUGCCAUGACAGAGGCACAGGUGGAGUGGACUCCGUACUUGACUUAUGAUAGGUCUUUAUUGAACGAGCACCCACGUACCUCGUAUAUCGGUGGUAUCACCUGUUUCGAUAUCGUGGAGGUCUAUUUGCCUGAGAGGACAGUGAGGCAGCUCGGUUUUGCACAGGAGAUUCCCCCGGCUCCGCUGAGACCUACCCAAGCUCUGCGACCAGCACAGGGCUCCUACUCAGUUACAUUCGCUUCUUCCUGUAUGUUUACGGAGAUGUGGAGUAGGUUCCCUUACUGUGCCCGCGUAGUGGAGCAGGCACAGCGUCGCGCAUCGGUUCCAUCAGAGGCUGCCCCGGAUUACGUGGACUGGUUUAGAGUGUCUUCCCACUGUUUUCUCAUCCCAGGUGAAGGACCUGCUGCUGCGUUUGGUGCUGCUGAUAACAGAGUCGAAUAUUUUGCUGCUGAAUUUCCAACUCGACUUGCACCAUUGCUCAGGAUGCCAGCUAUUGCUCAAAUGACGCCUCGGGAAAGAGAUGCUGCUGAUAUGUAUUUAGAGGAUCUUAGAGAGUUGUUUUCCGAAUGGCAAGAGUGUAGAGGGCGCAGCCCCUUAUAGACAUUUACCUGUUUUGUAAUGCAUGAACAAUUGUUGUAUUUAAUCUUUAUGUAUGAACAACUUUUUAAUCGUUUGAACAAUUGAAUUAUAUAUAAACACUAUGGAGAAUCUAAAUUCACCGCGUCUCCGGCGGUGUUAUUAUGCUGUUGUCGUUGUAUGUUGCACAUUCUACUCCAAAGUGAUA